CAGACAAGUAUGGCUACUGGAAAUGGUUCUUUUGUGUCUGAAUUCAUUCUGGUGGGAUUAACAGAUCAUCCAGAUCUCCAACUCCCCCUGCUUUUCCUGUUUGUAGCAGUGUAUACGGUCACUGUGUUGGGUAACUUGGGCUUGCUAACUUUAAUUGGGCUGAAUUCCCACCUUCACACCCCCAUGUACUUUUUCCUCUUUAACUUGUCUUUCACAGACCUCUGUUACUCAUCUGUUAUUACUCCCAAAAUGCUCAUCAACUUCAUAUCAAGGAAGAAUAUUAUCUCCUAUAUUUCAUGCAUGGUCCAGCUCUACUUUUUCUGUUUUUUUGGUAUUUCUGAGUGCUACGUGUUGACAUCAAUGGCCUAUGAUCGCUAUGUGGCCAUCUGUAACCCACUCUUGUAUAACAUUGCCAUGUCCCCUAAAGUGUGUGUCAACCUUAUUCUUGGUUCAUACUUGAUGGCAUUUUCUGUUGCUGUGGCCCACACCGGAAACAUGUUGAGAGUGACCUUCUGUGAUGCCAACACCAUCAACCAUUUUUUUUGUGACAUCCUCCCUAUGCUCCAGCUCUCCUGCAUGAGCACCUUUGUCAAUGAGCUGGUGGUCUUCAUUGUAGUGAGCAUCAACAUCAUUGUGACCUGUCUCACCAUCUUUAUCUCUUAUGGUUUCAUUCUCUGCAGCAUCCUCCACAUGAAUUCCACUGAGGGCAGGUCCAAAGCCUUCAGCACCUGCAGUUCCCACAUAAUGGCUGUUUCUCUGUCCUUUGGAUCACUGUCAUUUAUGUAUCUCCAGCCAUCUUCAGCCAGUUCUGUGAAUGGGGGAAAAAUCUCUUCUGUGUUUUACACCAUUGUUGUUCCCAUGAUGAACCCCUUAAUCUACAGCUUGAGGAAUAAAGAUGUAAAACUUGCCAUGAGAAAAACUCUGACAAGUAGAAUAUUUUGA